AUGAUUAUUUCUUGAAUUUAAAUGAAUAAUUCUUCAUAUAUUUAAGACAGAAAAUGCUGAUAAAUAAACAAAUAACAUAUUAUAUUGGUAUACAAGACUAUUCAAUUCUGGCAGUAAAGGAAGGAUUCAGAAUAAAUAGACAACAUAAGGAAAUAAAUAAUGAGAAAAGAAAUUUAAAAAAUACAAAUAUAUCCUUGCAUAUUUACCAAAACCCAAAAUACAAUACAUGUAAAAUGUAUAGUAUAUGCAUGAAAUACAUACGUAUACAGUAUAUUAUUAUUGUGCAUAAUAGUGUGCAACACGGAAAGUGUACAUGAUGGUUACCAAAUAAGGUAACCGCAAUAUGACAAUUAAACGCCUCACGUGAAUAAACAUUUGAGUGAAAACUGAGCAUGAUUAUCUUUGUAACGGCAGAUUAUUUUAAUCCAUAAGAAAGAUGGAUGUGUGCAAGAGCAUUGCUACAAAUGAAAAUGUAUUGUAUCCUAAUGGAAAUGAUCUCUAUUUGCUUCAUCUCGUCAGACAAAUUGCAUGAAAACCACGUGUGAACCGUAAUCCCUCCAUGUACGUAUUGUAUGUAAGGCUGGCUUGGUCGUGCUGAUCGACAGGCAGUUGCCAUGACAAUAGCCGGGGGCCUCCUAAAUGAACGGUCAUGGAUGGAGAAGCACCGAGACAACCUAAUGCAUCACACAAGCUGAAAGGCCAGGAAAUGGAAACGGCAGCAGCGCGGCGUGAUCAUUGUCACUGUGGUUGCCGAAGAAGCUCUAGAAGGUUGUAGCUCACUGGCUGUGAAUUCCUGGGGUCUUUUAUAGGCCUGUUUCCAUAGCAACUGCCCCGGUCCUCGCCAAAGCGUUUACCGACCCCCUUCCCUGUUCAACAAAGACAACCCGCCGGAAUGGACACUGAGUCGACCCACUCGGGCUACUCCAGCCGCUCGGGGAGGUCCAACCGACACAGCGAGCGAGGUCGUGAGCGCCACAAGGCUGGCAGCAGUAAAGACAGCAGCCGCUCGGAGAAGUCGGUCAUCAUCAAUCCUCCGGAGACGUCCUCUCAGGAUUCACCGGUGCACAAUGGCGAGCCGCUGCCGGGAGAGCCCAUGCCGGCGGCGUCGGAUCCUGGUGAAGAGGGCCAGGAUGAUAACUGGGGGGAAACCACCACGGCCGUGACAGGCACCUCAGAGCUGAGCAUCUCCCAGGAGGAAGUCGUCGGCCUGGGGAAGGGCCUACAGGACCGGACCCGAGGCUUCCGCCGCUAUCUCCCCCUCGCUGUGGGCGUGUGUGGGGGCCUACUGGUGCUGGCCACCCCUCUUGUUUUUCUGCUUCUGCCCGUGAUCAUGUGGCCCGAAAGACUGCAGCCGUGCGGCGCCGCCUGCGAGGGUCUCUUCCUAUCCCUGUCCUUCAAGCUCCUCAUGCUCCUCACGGCCAUCUGGGCCUUGUUUCUGCGGCCGGCCCGCGCCAGCCUGCCGAGAGUGUGCGCGUGUCGGGCCUUCCUCACCACGCUCACCCUCCUGCUCACCAUGUCCUACUGGCUCUUCUAUGGCGUCAGGAUACUCGAUGCACAGGAUGAGGACUACCACGGCGUGGUCCAGUUCGCUGUGUCCCUGGUAGACUCCCAGCUCUUUGUCCACUAUCUGGCUGUGGUGCUGCUGGAGCUCCGCCACCUGCAGCCGUGCUACAGCGUGUGCGUCAUCCGCUCCACCGACGGAGAAACACGUCACUACAACAUAGGACAGCUCAGCAUCCAGAAUGCCGCUCUGACCAUUCUGGAGUUUUACUACAAAGAUUUUCCCCUCCACAAUCCGGCGCUCCUCUCGGCCUCCAAGCACAGAGCUGCCAAACAUUUGGCUGGAUUGAAAGUUUACAACGUUGACGCUUUGCGAGAAAGACUGAGACGAUAUCUGUGGGAGACUCCUGGGAACACAGCGGGUGCUCAGCCUGCUAAUGGAAACCAAUCCCAGGCUGCAACCGCCGGCGCCAAACGCAAAGACACCGCCCACAACGAGCUGUACUACGAGGAGGCCGACUACGAGAGACGAGUCCGCAAACGAAAGGCCAGGUUGGUGGUGGCCGUGGAGGAGGCCUUCACACACGUGCGCCGCAUGAAGAAAGAGGACGAACGCGCCUCACCCUCCGACAUCAUGGACGUCCGAGAAGCGGCGUUGGCCAUCUUCCCGUCGAUGGCCCGCGCCCUGCAGAAGUACCUCCGCACCACCAGGAGGCAGCACUGCCACAGCAUGGAGAGCAUCCAGAAGCACCUGGCCUUCUGCCUCAUUAACAACAUGAGCCCUAAGGCCUUCUUGGAGGCCUACCUGGCCCCGGGUCCCACUCUCCAGUACGGCCCCGAGCGCUGGAUGGCCGACCAGUGGAUGUUGGUGAGCGAGGCAUCGGUAACAAGCAGCCUCAAGGAAGGAAGCGAGUUCACGCUGAGGUGCCUCGACUUUAGCUUAGCCGUCACAGUCAAGGGCAUCCCGUACAUCCGAGUGACCGAGGAGUACGUGGACCCCAAAUCGCACAAGUUUGUGCUUCUGCUCCAGUCGGAAACGUCGGUUUAACAGCGUUCAAGCCUCUCUGGACCUUUAUGACUCAAAAAUGUCCUGUUUUUGUUGUAUUUUGUUACAAAAUGUUAUGGAAGGGAGGGAUGUGCUGGACUUUACCACCGUGACAUGCCAGGCAUCCUUCUAUGCACUACAGACUCAUUUGCAUGUGGGCGAGUGUGUUAUUUUUAUGUUUUUUUUAGGAUGUGUGUUUUUGUGUGGUGGAGACAUUUUCCAAACAUCCGGCUGUGAAAAAAAAAAAAAAGAAUCUGUUGGUAUGUGUACAGUAUUUAUACGUCAUUAUUCCCUGCAUACUUUUUAUAUUAAAACUGCUUGGAUAAUUAUCUUAAACAGUUUUUUACUAUGAAUGUAAAUAUGUGUUUUGUAUAUUAUGUCAAAUCAGUGACAAGAGUGUAUUCAACUUUUUUUAAUUAGACAGCCCAGAUUGACCGUUUUGUAUCUCAUGCCCUCGUAUUACAGCACUUCUCAGUAGCAUGAGAUGUUCUAUAUUAUAUAUAAAUAUUUCAUUUUUAUGGACAUCAUUUAUUAUAAAUACUUGGAUUUUUUUGGACGAGUAAUUAGAGGAUUAAAAACUUAAAUUGGAUGCAUUAUUUAAAUUGAGUUUAAGCGGUGUUUGCAGAGGUCAGCGUCUCACUGCUGCCACCUAUUGGCCACUUUUCGAAAACAGUCGAGAGCGUCAUGCUCGCCUUGGAGAAAGAAUGCUGUAUUAACAAAUUUAAUGUUGUCAUUUCACAUUAGGACACGUGUUACUGUUGUCACUGAUGUAGUUAGCAUUUCUGUACAUGUCUCGACUACACAUGUAUCUCGUGUGCGUGCGUGUGAAUCAAGCAUUUGUUGUGACACUUUUUUUGUACACUAACAGAACAGCAGCUGUGUCAAAUCCCCAUUUGCUACAAAAAUAAAAAGCAUUUGUAUUGA